AUGUUUCUACAAGCUUUGAAAGUUGCUGUUCCAAGAACCACCCGUUCGUUCGCGUCUACUCGUGUUACUGCCAAUGCUAUUCAAGACCUAUACCUAAGAGAGAUCAAAAAUGUCAAGCUCCAGCCACUUAGCGCCAAAGAUGCUGAGGCCAGCGUGAAGCCAUGGACCGCUCCAAAGGCCCCCCAGGCGCCAGAAUUGGAAGGCCAGGGCCCAGAAGCCUUGAAGGCUUACGCUGAAGACGAUGUGCAAGUUUCCAAGACUAAGGAAGAGUCCUCUGCUGAGGCUGAAGAACAAGACUGGUUGGUCUUGGAAGAAGUCGAGGAGGACAACCACCAUUGA